UCGCGUUUGCGAGGAAGUCGCGAUCGCGAGUUCGGUGCGUGCACACAUCGGCUCGCGUACAUAUAAUAUAUGUAUAUAUACAUGCCCGUCUCGGCUGUGAACGGCGCGCCCGCGGCUGCGAUCGCCGACAGGUCGAACGGCGUAGCGACGGAUGGCUCGCGAUUCUGGCCGAUCGGCUGGCUGAACAUGAUGCGCGCCUGCGACGACACGUCCGAUGUACGAUUGGAGAAGUUCCGAGCGGCGACAAGCGGCGCCGUCGCGACGGCGUCGGGAAACGGGGACGCGAACACGACGGAGGAGAUGGCAACGUCGAGGAAGUGCGAGGGACAGCUGUCUAUGCUGUGCGCGACGAACAGCUGUUCGUCCUGCAUGUCUGCUGCGUGCCGUACGUCAGAAAUGGCGCAAGAGGACCACGGCCCGUCCUGGGACAACCUGCCCACCGUUAUUUUGCAGGAGAUAUUCUCGUAUUUGUCGCACGAGACCAGAAUAAGAGCCUCCCAGGUGUGCAAGAAUUGGAGAUGCACCUUGUUUCAUCCAAACUUCUGGAAAAAAAUCACUUUUGUGUUCAGAGAUGAGGACAGCGUUUUGUGGGCUCGAUUCUUGGCAAAUCGUUUUGCUCUGAGUGUACACGAAGCUACGAUUCGUUGGGCUAAAUCUAGAUCUAGAAAGAUCAAUUGCAUAGGAGAAACGUAUAGGCUCUUGAAGAAAUUAAGUCACAAUAGACAAUUGAGAAAAUUGUUCUUGGAAUUCUAUAGUAAUAAUAAUACUUGUGAUUCUCCUUUUGACAACGAGGAUGACAGUAAUUACAAAAGUUCUCCAUCAUUAGUAAGAUGUGUGAUAAAUAUUAUUGAGACUUCUAAUUGCCUGGAAGCCCUAAGUCUAGGGUGCAGGGAAGAGUUGAUUAUGAAUUUAUCUGCAAUUGUGGAACCUCUCCGUCUUCAUCACUCCAAACAUUUAACACACCUCAGUCUGGCAUCUAUCAAGGACGAUCCUGACUAUUAUGACUUCUUUGAAUUUGAUAACACUAUUUUUAAUUCGUUUAUCAGAUUGUCUAUCUUAACUUUAGAUUAUGAGUAUGUCAGUGAUACUUUGUUGGAAGCGUUAGAUAAUGGAUGUAUGCAGAGACUUGUGAUUCAUAUACAUGGCUGGAAACCGGAUUAUUCAGGAACAACAAAUAUGGCUUGGAGAAUGUUUGUUCAAAAAAAUCCACAUUGUGAAUUAAGGCUCAAUCUUAUACAUUCUUAUGCCGGCGUCAAGGUUUUGGAUACUGACAUAUUAUGUCCUGCUAUGCCACUGACACACUUACAAGUUCUAUUCUGUGAAAACAUUAAUAUCAGUGCGUUACAUCGAUUAUCAAUGUGGUAUUCACAUACGUUAAAAUCAUUGACAUGGAUAGAUUCGAUAGAUUACAAGCAAAGUAUACCAUCUACAUUUGAUCCAAAUGAUCCACAUGGUCCAGAUCCUUUGGUGUUAGUGGCAUGGAAGUGUAAUAAACUUAUGAAGAUGAUGUUCCUGGGUCAUAAAUAUUAUCAAGAGAAUCUGUUGGCCAUCGCGCGUCUCAGAGGCAACACUCUUAAAUCAUUGGUAUUUGCAAAAAGUGAUAUCACAUCUGAAAUUGAAUUGUGGCUCGAAGCUGAAAAUAUCAGACGUGAAAUUCGAGAUAUAAUGGGUCCACAUUGGAGGCCCUUGAAUGAUUCAGAUUUGCCAAAGGUGAUAUUAGAUCCUUUCAACGGCGAUAGUAGAGAAGUGAUUAUACCGUUGGUUCUCAGUGAUCAGAAAUAAUUCUCGACAGACGCCAAGGAAAAUCUCUAUACAGUGUGAUUGUCCAAAAACCAUCUCUGGGCCACCAACAUUCUCAGAAGUAAUGUUAUCAAAUUAUAUCUUUUAUUCUUCUACAAGAUUUUUUUAACGAGGGCGAAACAUCGAAUAUGCACUAUAAGUUCGAAAUCUCGUUGUCAAUAGCGUUAUCAUUUUCCGAGUUGGGAAUUCUGGAUGCAAUGUGUGAGAGAUAAAGAGAGAUAAACGCACACAUAACUUUCUCCUCGUUUACAAUACUUCUAUCGGUUAUUAUAUAUGAAUGUGAUAAAUUGUAGUCAAACUAGAUCUACUUUUGACUUGUUGAUGAUAUAUCUGAUGCAAAUUACAACACAUUUGCAAACAAUGAGAUGAUCUCUUCAACUAAGAGACGAUCUUUCCAGUGAUUUAUAUGCACUAUAGUUUUCUUCUUAUGGAAAACCAUGAGUCGCGCUUUGAUGUUGACAAAGUGACGUUAGGAGUGUGAUCACGAACGUACAUUACUAUAUUAAGUGCGAUAUGUAAAUGUAUAUCGUCCCUCUCGCCUAUUAAGUCAUAUUGCCAGAAGAAGCCAGAAUACAUUUUAUAUAACAUUUAUUAUUCUGGUCAAAGAGAGCGGCACAUUAGAACGACGUAGCUGAGAACAAGAUCGCAACGUAAGAAGACUGUUGUGAAUCUUGUAAGAGAUGUAUUAUGCAAAGAGCGGAGCUGGAGCAAGGAUACGAACGACUUGUCCAGCAGAAAAAGAGAAAGUGUGCAACACGUAGGAGAGAGAAAAAGAGAAAGAGAGAGGUUCGGAUCUCGUGAUCUUCCACUGGAAAGAAUAACAAAAUUCCAUAAACGUAUGUAAGUAGAAAUGCGUUUAACAACAUAUUUUUCCAAUUCUCUGGGAAGUUAGGUGAUAGCGAGCGCCAAGAGCAUGACGUGCGAGAGUAAAUAUCUAGUAAGACUUCGCGAAGAGUUCGUCGAAAUGAGCGGUGCGGGAGCAUAAAGAGUCUUGAAGACAAAGAGAAAGUAGAAAGAGAGCACGAAGUCAAUACAGCGAUCCGAGGUUAUUUUUAAUACCAAGACCAAUCGGACGCUUUUGUACAAAUGUUAACAUAGCGCGUACUGGAAAGCGCGCGGUCCGCUCGAUGAAGUACAUAGAACGCAGUUGCGAGCGAAAACAAAACGAAAAAGAUAAAGAUCGCUUGAUAUAUAUCCACACCUGUCUAUGUAUAACUUUCGAUAGGUGAUAAUGAGUAGCGAUUGAACGAGUAACGCAAAUAUAUGUAUAACCGUCUAUACUCAUCGUGCUCUUAGCGACCGCUGAUGACGAACAUACACGAAUGUAGGUAUAUCUGUAAAAUCGGAGUUAUUAACCGCUAAUCGUAUAUGUAUGUAUAUGUAUGUAUAACUGUAUUAUCUGUCGAACUUUAAACACGUUAACAUCCGGACGCAGCGCGCAUCUAUUUCUGUCGUGCGAUUAACAGUGACGAUUCUGAGAGCGUGUUUAAAAGAGAGAAAGGAAGCGAGAGAGAAAAAGAGAAAAAGAGAGAGAAAGAGAGAGAGAGAGAGAGAGAGAGAGCGCUAUUCGUAACAAAGAUAAAAUACCAAAAUGCAACCGUAUAUGCCGUAUAUACACACAGUUUACUAUUCCGAGAGGUUCUUUACUUUUUUCGAGCCCUUGUAUAAUUAUAUUACAUUAUCGUGUAUCGUAACUUAUAGUCACACGUGUAUUAAUAUUGAUUUUUUAUAUGUGGUUUCUGUACAUAUAUCUCUCCAUGCGUUCGAGACACUGGAUACACGCGCGAACGACGCGGAGAUGCGUGCGAAAAAAAAAUAUACAAGGAAGAAGGGAGAGAUAAGGGAAGCACAAAAGGAGGGAGGAGAUGAAAAUAUACGAGGUGGAGAAAAAGCGUUUCUUUUCGACAUACGACCAGCUGUUAUACAAGAUGAACGGGCCUUAAUAUGUACCUGAGUCGCGGAUAAGGGUAAAUUCACUGAGAAAAUCUGUCACGCGACAUCCACCAUAGAAAGAUAACCAGAUUAAACACCUUAGAAACGGCCGCCGUCCUCGUGAAUGUGCGGUACGCCAUGUGCACACGCGCCCACGUUCACCAGGAUCACGGCUAUCAACUUAAGGUAUAUCACGCUCGUGCCCUUUCAUUUCGUAUUCCGCGCGUGUAUAUUUUUACAUCAGAUGAAAGAAAGGGGAGAAGUCUAACGCGAAACGAGAGGAGCCGACCGAGGGGUUUCCAAAAGUCGUAACUAUUAUACCGUACGAACGCGAGCGUAGUCGACUAAAGCUCGUCCGCUGACCGUCGAUACCACGCGGACGGAACAAAGACUUUACCAAGUAAUUUUACGUUUCUUCUCGUUUUUCUUUCAAACGAACGAAAAUUUCGCGUGAAGAAAAAAAGAAAGAAAAACUAUAUUCGGGGACGCGGUGCCCAGCGUGAGUGUGAUAAAUGAGCGAGAGAAAGAGAGAGAGAACGAGAGAAAGCAAGAGUAAAGUGUGAGAAUAAAAACCAUGCGACAAUUAUGCAAGAACAAAUUUAAUAGCGUGCGAAUAAAGGAAGAACGAUAAGAAAAUUAUUCGAGAGCGCGGAGCGUGAUGAUAUCGCGCGUUUUGAAUAACAAGAUAUCCGCGAUUCGUAGAAACAAAUCAAGUGAUAUGAUAGUACCAUCUCUGCGAGUCCUCUGUAAUAAAGUAAUAUCGUGUGUAGAAAGGCGGUCGUGCAGCCGCUCGACGCGGGCACAACGCAACUAUGUAACCACUAUGUGUCGCUAGCAUGAUAACGACAAAAUCACAAGCAUAAGACUGAACCUGCCGAGGGAGGUGUAUACAAGUCGAGCGGGCUGCACGCUGCCGCCGCGCGUUGCCAUAUUCAUAAGAGGAGGCAGAACGCGGAAAGCACAUCCGGUCAAAAAAAAAAAAAAAGAAAAAUUGUCGCCGUUCCGAAUUGAACGCGAUAACCGUCUUUCCUCACGGUGUUUUCUCCACUGCGCUUUAGACGCGGCUUUCCUUCCACGUUGCUUUCCACCUCGGCCUGGUCUAAAUCGCUUCGCCGUUGCGAUCGAGCGGAUGCGAACGUAUUUAUGAAUAUGCGCGUCGCGAAAGCGAAAUAAAUAACAAAGGGAUGGUGCACAAGCUAGCGUUUAGAUCGGAAUAAGCCCUGAGAGAGCUCACUCGACGGCGGUUCUCGUUACAGAAGCCGAUAUUAUAAACUAAACCCUUAAAGCAGCCUGCCAAGAAUCAAAAUACUGUAAAAUAUCAAACGAACGCUAGCCAGUACAGAAUGCUAAGAUCUAUUUUUUAAGAAGCGAAUGUAUAUUUUUGUACUAAGGCAGGCCUUAGCGUGUGAUCGUGUCUUCUUGCACAUUAAUGGCGAGACGAGAGCUGUGAUUGUAACGUGUUGACUAUACAAAACACAGGGAGAGACAGAGAGAUAGAGAAAUUAACACGGGAAAUGUAUGUCGAAAGCGUAAUCAUGCACAGUAUGCGAACAACACGGGGGAAACACGAUACUAGGAUCCCUGAUUGAUUGUUACCGAGUGAGCUGUAGGCAUAGGCAGGGCGUUAUAAAAUCGAGAAUAAAACAUCUGUGAUAAAGUAGAAAAUCUUACAAGCGUGUUCGAGAGUGGAUGAAGAUCGGCGAGUGUCGGUAGAAAGUAGGGGAAACAAAAUCAGGAGAAAAGAAAGAAAGAGAGGGCUGUGGAGGACCGGAAGUCCACGCGCGGGCGUUGAUGAAACUCGUACGCGUAAGAUCAGCGAUUUCUUCGAGACUUAAAAGGGAGUCCAGUGAUCCUGACGCUCCGAAGAAGAGUUUGUCGUGCAUAUGAUCGAUUAGUAGCAACAGAUCGAAAGAAAAAUGAGAGUAAAAGAGAGAGUGAAAGUGAAAGAGAGAGAGAGAGAGAGAGAAAGAGAGAGACUGUCUUUCGACAAGAUAGCCCGGUCUAACUAGCAGACGACGACGACAACGACCCGAUCAGCUCAAUCGUGCGCUUUUACGUGGGUUUGCACGUUUAUUUUUCUUUUUUUCUUCUCGGCCAGAGCUGGAGCGAUCAGGCGUGCGCGUCCCGUGGAGGAGCUGUGGUACUCUUAUCGGAAGUCUGGUAUACAGUGCAGUGUAUAUUUCCCGCAUGAUCCUCGUCAUUUAACGACGUACAAGUACCAUGGCUCUAAAGCGGAAUCACGGCCAGCGCGAAGAGUUUUCUUGUUUGCUCCGUCUACGACAUUCCACGAUGAGAAGCGAGGAUCGGGGACACGCGCGACCGCUCCGUCGACUUCUGAAUGAACAACGUUGGUCUUCUCGACUCACCCCAGCUAGAGAAUCUUUACGCUGCAGCGGCUAGCGUUCCUCCUUCGAUUAUAAUCAGCCGCUGAUGGCGAAGCGCGCGCGCAUUUAGAUAAAUUAUAAUAAAGAAAGAGAGAAAAGGGAAAAAAGAGCGUUAAGUUAUCGUCGACUGAAAGCAAGAUCGCACAAGAUUAUCGGGGUAUAGCCGGAGUAUGUAUAUGUAUGUAUAUAGUUUGAUUUUGACACGGACACGCGACACGUAGACGCAUUUUGUUGAACCCGCGCGAACGAAACAGUCGCCGUCGGGUCAGUCGGCGGCCACGAGUAGUAUUAUAAGUUCCUAAAAAAAAAUACUUUACACAGUUUAAGCGUUAGAACGAAGAGAGGGCCGGCAUACGAAUACACACACACCCGUGCACGAACAAGAAAGGGAGCAUUCAGUUCGACGUAGAUUUGUUCACUCGCUCGUUCGUUCAUUCGUUGAUUCGUUUUCGGCGCUUUCCAAUACUUUCGGACAUGGCACGAGUAUAACGUCGUCAUAAUUUAAUCAAGUACGAGUACAUGUAAUCCAUUCCAGUCGACGGGAAUGAGCGUGAUGUAGUGUCGCGAGGAAGAUCGGACAGGCAGUGCGAAUCGUCGAGAAAAUCGGAUCCGGGAGAAGCCGCCAAGUUAUUGCGUAUUAUCGAUCGGAAGCAGAUUUGAUCUUGUACGAGUUGUGCGUGUCUUGUUUUGAUAAUUGCCAAGAGCGUGUUCGAUAGACUAUUAACUUAAUUUCCUAAAAAAAAAUGACGAUCUUGUUAAUUCUAAGAGGCACAAACGAACUUAGUGUAACUAUGCCUAUGAGUUUCCGUAGAUCGUCUUCGAUUAGGUCGACCGAUCUUAUCUGAACUGAAAAUGCGACUUGCGUUAUUUUCGAAACACACGGCUCGUACGUUUCCGAUUGACUUGUACCUGUCGUCGCGACGUCUGCGAUCAUCGCGUUCCGUUCGUAACAAAUGAUCUUAGCCCAUUGGGACGGAAACAGGAUCGCCAGACACGCGCAUUCCUCUAUCGAUAUCAAACGUAAGAGUUACACAAACAGCGUUAGAUGUAAGCAACGAGCUAUGUAAGCGAGAACAGAAGUUUGUACCGUCGCGCAAUCGAGCCUGAAGGUUUCCGGAAUCUUUCACAAAGGGCUUUUACGGUCCCACGUAUAUAUUUUGUCGCUAUAUAUAAUAUUCGUUUAUAGUUACGAACGGAUCUUACAAUGUCCUAGUUGUAGCGUGCGCAAACAUAUAAUGCCAUCGAGCAUGGGGUGGUCAUUCGAAUGCACAUCCGUCCCGAAUGCAUGGGACUUUUAGCUCUCUAUCGCCCAAGUCGUCUCUCUCAGGAUUCAAAGGAAAGCAUGUGGCACAAUAAAUUAAAAUAAAUCUGUGCUUUUGAAAACGUAAAGCUUGGAAACGAAUUCCCAUGUUGGAACUUGAAGUUAGAAUUAUUGACAAAAAAAAAAGGAACACGAAGGAGGAAGAUAAUAAAACCAGUAUAUGACGUGGCACAGGGCAAUAGAGAGUUAAAUCGAAAAGAAAGCGUAGCAUGUAAUGGUGAAUGAUUCAGAGCAUCGAAGCACAGUAUCACGUUCGUCACUGCGAUUUGUAUUGCGUGAUGCAUGAUCCGCGAGAGAUCGAAGAAUUGUGCGCGACGAAAGAAGAUGGUCUCUCGCGUAUUAUUUGAAAGGGUAUUAAACCAAGCAAGAGCGAUGUAAAAGAAUUUGUACGACGAUAAUCUUCGUUAGAUACGCCGUCAUCGAAGUGAAUUCUUGAACACUCGCCUGCGAUACAAACUGACUAAGAAACGUGCUAAAUCGAUUCUUGUCGCUAAUGAAAUUUCUAAGCGUAUAUUCCAGAUUUGAAGCGUUUUAAAACAAAAGUGGCAUUCGGGCGUUGUGCAGUAUAUAUAUUGGCGUUAUUAUAUAAUAUACUGUCGGUAUAAAAUUUGGUUUAUCACUUUUAAGAAUCUUUUUCAGUAAGAAUUUCACUUUUAGCACGGAAAUGUCAGUUUUAGCUUCUCAGCGCAGGGAACGUACAAUCUAUCCAAAAGGGUAGAAACCACUUAGUACUCAAAUAUUGCUGACCACAGAAUCUCGCCGAGUUCAACCGAUGAAUAAUUACGGUCACAUAUAGAAGAUAUUCGUCACUUUUGAAAUUCGUCGAUUGAAUUGUCUUAUACAGGUUUUCCCGGACCUCAAUUUUUUUAAAAGUGGCACCGCGGUAUUAAACGGUUGAAUAAGAACGGGACUCUAUUAAGCGUAACAAAA